CCGAAGCGGACAAAGCAAAUCGCAGCUCGCCCAGGCGUAGUAAAACGAAUCGAUUCGAACACAGGCUGCAAUAACGCAAAGAUCCAAAGGUAAAUGAUACGUGAAAACAUUUGAGUUUCGGGCAAGAUGACCAUUGACCUGUACUACGUUCCCACCAGUCCACCCGUAAGGAUAGUUCGUCUCGUUGCCGCUGCUGUGGGUAUCCCCCUUAACCUGAAGCUCGUCAACUUGAAGGCUGGAGAGCAACUCGAGCCUGAAUUCCUCAAGAAAAAUAUCCAACACGCCGUACCCACAAUCGACGACAACGGCUUCUACCUGUCAGAGAGUCGCGCCAUCGCUAUAUACCUGGUUGACAAAUAUGCCAAGAACGACGAAUUGUAUCCGAAGGAUCCCGAAGCACGUGCUCUGGUUAAUCAGCGUCUCUUCUUCGACGCCACGACUCUGUAUCAGCGUUUCAUUGAUUAUUACUUCCCGGUCAUCUUUGCUGGGGCUUCCUUCGAUCCUGCUGCUUUGGUUAAGAUCGAUGAAGCUUUUGGAUGGCUGGAUAGCUUUCUUGAAGGGCAGGAAUAUUUGGCUGGCAACAAUCUGACUAUUGCUGAUCUUGCUUUGGUCGCUGGUGUUUCCACCUAUGACAGUUUUGAUUAUGAUUUGUCCAAGUACGAGAACGUUGUACGCUGGUACAGCCAUCUGAAAAAGACUGCGCCACAGUACGACCAAGCGAACGGGAAUGGUGUUGAGGAACUACGUGCAAAUUCAGCGGUACUUUUGAGGAAGUGAAUAAAGGAAGUUUUACAAAAA